AUGAAGCACAAGAACAUACACGCGACCCUCCGGCUCUCCAAGAUUGUCAUGGAUUUUAAGCACCCAGAUGGUGUCACAGUGCCAGUUAUGUUGCCUCGUCGGAGUUUCCUGGUGAUGACAGGAGAAUCUAGGUACCUUUGUACCCAUGGAUUACCCUUUGGUCUGUGACAGCCAGAAACUCCACCCUCAUUUCCAGAGAGUGAUAAAGAAGCUUCACAGCUGGAACAAGAGUAUGUCCAUAGUGUUUAUGAAGAAAUUGCUGGGCAUUUCAGCAGCACAAGACACACUCCUUGGCCACAUAUUUUGGAGUUUUUGAAAGCUUUGCCAAAUGGUUCAAUAGUAGCUGAUGUUGGAUGUGGAAAUGGAAAAUAUCUUGGCAUCAAUAAGGAGUUAUAUAUGAUUGGUUGUGAUCGUAGCCAAAACCUUGUGGACAUUUGUAGAGAGAGGCAAUUUCAGGCCUUUGUCUGUGAUGCAUUAGUAGUACCAAUCUGUAGUGAGUCUUGUGAUGCCUGUAUCUCCAUGGCCAUCAUUCACCAUUUUGCAACAGUAGAGCAUAGAGUGACAGCUCUCCAAGAACUUGUUCGACUCUUGAGACCUGGUGGGAAGGCACUCAUUUAUGUCUGGGCAAUGGAACAAGAAUAUAAUAAGCAGAAGUCCAAGUAUCUUAGAGGAAACAGAAUUAGCCAAGGAAUGAAAGAGGUGCUCAGCAGCAAUAUAUCAGUGCAAGGGUUGUUUGUCAAGCAAGUGUCUGAUGUGGACAGUCAAGAUUUGACAUGUUCCAUCCCCUCCAAUGAUGACUUGCAGGAGGCAGGCUGUAAUUCAAGGAAAGUUGGUAAUUCCAAGCUUCCUAUUCACACUAACAGGACUUCUUUUCAUUCUCAAGACCUACUUGUUCCUUGGCACCUUAAGGGAAACCCUGCUAAAGACAAACCUGUUCAGCCAUUUGGUCUGGAUGGAUCCCAUGACCCAAGUCCUGUGUUUCAUCAUUACUACCAUGUAUUCUGUAAGGGAGAAUUGAGUAAUGUAAGCAUUCUGCAAAACUAUUAUGAUCAGGGAAACUGGUGUGUGAUUCUUCAAAAGGUGUAA